UCGGGCGGGGGCGGAGGAGGGGCGGAGGGGGGCCGGGAGAUGCCGGUGUCGGUGUCGGCGUCCCAGCCGUCGUUGGCAGCGAUUGCGGCAGCGGCUGCGGGAGCGGCGGAGGAGGCGGGCCGGGCGGCGGGCUCGGGGGCCGGGGGCUCGGGGGCCGGCGCCUAGCCGGAGCCAUGGAAGGGCAGAGCGGCCGCUGCAAGAUCGUGGUGGUCGGGGACGCCGAGUGCGGCAAGACGGCGCUGCUGCAGGUCUUCGCCAAGGACGCCUUCCCGGGGAACUACGUCCCCACAGUCUUCGAGAACUACACCGCCAGCUUCGAGAUCGACAAGCGGCGCAUCGAGCUCAACAUGUGGGACACCUCGGGCUCGUCCUACUACGAUAACGUCCGGCCGCUGGCCUACCCCGACUCGGACGCCGUUCUCAUCUGCUUUGACAUCAGCCGCCCGGAGACGCUGGACAGUGUCCUCAAAAAGUGGCAGGGAGAAACCCAGGAGUUUUGUCCCAGUGCCAAGGUGGUCCUGGUCGGCUGCAAGCUGGACAUGAGGACAGACCUGGCCACCCUGCGGGAGCUGUCCAAACACCGGCUCAUCCCCGUCACACACGAGCAGGGCAGCGCUCUGGCGCGGGAGGCGGGGGCGGUGGCCUACGUGGAGUGCUCGUCGAAGGCGUCGGAGCGCAGCGUGCGGGACGUGUUCCACGUGGCCACCCUGGCCUCGCUCGGCCGCACGCACAAGCAGCUGAAGCGCAGUGAUUCGCGCCGGGGACUGAAGCGGACGUCCCAGCUGCCCUUGGCCGUCCGGACGGACUUAGACGGGGAGGCCGAGGGGCGCAAGGACCGAGCCAAGAGCUGCUCUGUCAUGUGAGAGGAUUCCCGCCCUCCUCCUCCUCCUCCUCCUCCUUCUCCUCCUUCUCCUCUUCCUCCUCCUUCGCUCCUCAGCCUCCCCGCAGUGACUCUCCACCCCGGGCUGGGGCCCAUCCACCUUAGUCCAUCCGGCCUGCGAUCCCCAAGCUUCCACCACUCCCACUGAAGCUCCAGACCCUCCCUGCCGACCGUCCCCGGCCCGGCAGCCCCUGCCCGGCACCCCCCGCCCGACCCGGCCCCGCAAUUUGGGAUGGGGCCCGGUCGGGAUGGCGUGGAGAGCAGAGAAAGCCCAGGACACAGGAGUCUCUGGGGGCACACCCGCACAGAUGCGCACACAGACAUACGCACCCUCUCCCCCCUGGUCCCCGUCCCACACCCAUCUCCCUCUUCUCAGGGGGCCCCUGCCCUUGAGUAAAGGUCAGGGAUCAGCCACUUCCCACCCAGCUGCAUGUCCCGACGGCAAAGCACCCAGGCGCCCCCCCAGUUCCCGCUGCCCCCCGACCCCGCCCUCUCCACCUCCGCCCCCUCUUCCCCAAUCCUUGCCGGCGUGUCGCUCUCGCCGUCAGUGUGCUGGCCCCCUCCCUGCACCCGUGGCCCUACUGGUGGUGGGGGUGGUGGCGGCGGGGUGGCCGGUGACCCAAUAAACCUGUGGACUAAGUUGCC